UGGACACAUCUGAAGCUUUUGGGGACUCUGGGCUAAAUUCUUUCGACGCGCUGCCUUCGAUUGGCUCAACUACAGGCCACGACAUGUCACUGCCUGCGAUCGACACGACACUCCCCUCACUUGAUCAUUCCUUACCAGCGAUUGGCAUCGAUGAUAUUCCAACAAUGGAUGAGCAUGAGUUUCGGGACGAUAGUCAUUUAGAUCACCAUGACUCGCAUUCGGGCCUGCCUGACCAUACAGGUACUGGACAUGACACAAAUCAACACUCAGGAACCAAUGGCGUAUCCCACUACCAACCAUCCACCAAUGGCACAUAUCAGUAUUCGCAUAGUCCUGCUCAGUCACAACAACCCGGAACACCGCAGGCGCAAACCCAUACCCAGCAUCAAUUCCAGGCGCAGCCACAGCAGCACUAUCAACAAAACGACAUGUACCACAACUCUGGCGCACAAGGACAGGUACCACAGGCGCCAAUUGGAUCACCACUUCCAAACAACAUGCCCCCGAUGGCGUCUAUGGGACAAUAUAUGACUGGGUAUCCGUCCACCAUACAAGGCAAUACGCAGAUGCGAUAUCAACUACCAGGCGACCCGAACAAAAUGUUAUCCGGAAAUAGGCACAAGAAAGAAGUCAAGCGACGGACAAAAACUGGCUGUUUAACUUGUCGCAAACGAAGAAUUAAGUGUGACGAAGCACACCCUGUCUGCAGAAAUUGCGUGAAAAGUAAACGCGAGUGUUUAGGCUACGACCCUGUGUUUCGCACUCAAGCUUCAACGCCAUCAGCUAUCCAGCCAGCUCCUAACCCUCCUCCAUCCUUGGUGGUCAAUCCCCAAGGCCCUUCUACUACGACCACACCAGCACCUUCAUACCCUUCCGCGCCCCCGGGGUACAUGCCCGCCUCUUCUCAGCCUUUCGCACCUUCUCUUCAUUCCGAAUCGCCCACUGCCUCCGUUGAGCAGCACGCGCACAGAGCUUCUAUUGAUCCUUCAUUAAGUGCGAGCAGUCAGCCCACUCAUACCGAAAUGCAAAACACCACCGCACCCCGCCCACAGGGCUCAGAGCCUGCAUACAAAGGUAAGCCUUGUCCACUUAUAUGUGGGUCACGACGCGAAGCUAAUGAUCAUAUUACUGCAGCCAAGAAUAUCUACAUUAAUGACCUUUUCUCUCUCAGAGGAAUUGCCCCUCCUCCUCCACAUGCCAUCGGAACUCUCCCUCCUGGCCGCCUCGAAGAAAUCCAGGCGGUCUUCCUGGCCACAUACGCACCGGCUAUCGACAAACUCCUUGAGGUCCGCUGGUACUCUGACAAGGCUCUCUCAUAUCUCAUGGCCGAUGCACAGCUUAUGGCUGAAUAUUCAGCCCUGAUUAACGCAUUCAAUGAAUGGAACCUACAAGAUGGCGAAACUCUGGCACGGCUAGAGAGCUUCGAAGCCUCGAUCAUCUGGAAAAGUAUGGCACUGUGCCGUAAGGUACCAGAUGGAGAGACCGGACAACAAGGACGGGACUGGAACCUUUGUGCCGCCUGUGGAAGGCUCAACGUCGUCGAGGCAUUGCUCACAUGGAACCACUCUGAGACCAAUUCCCUGUCACGGGAGCUGGUCAUGGAUGCCGCCAACCCUCCAAACACCCCAGACCAAUUCCAGAGUCGCCAGCUUGAUUUCUGGGAUCAGGUAGGAGAGUUCCUCACAUUAUACGACAACGAAGCGAGUUCCGCCAAGCAAAUCGACGACACACUCAGUCGGUGCCGACAACUACUGGACACAUACGAGAACCGCGAUAUCAUUUACUCGAUCUCUGUUGCGCGUCACCUAGGACAGCGUUGGGCUGAUUUCCCCAACAGCUUGCCCAAGGUCGGUUACACGACGGAGAAGGAAUCGGGGACCAAACUCUUUGUUGCUCAGAAGUUCCUUGAAGAGGAAGCUGAAGGCAAGGGCACUACGCAGAUCUACAAGCGGGUUUGUUGCAUGGCAGUCCGCUCCUGGUGGGUUGCCCGUGGAUAA